AUGGAGCUCAGCUGUAAAGAUCCAACCUACCGAGACGAACUAUCAAACGUCGUAGUCUGGGACCGGGAGAAAUUCAAUAAUGCGUCUAUCGAUGAGAUUCGGAAAGAUUUCAAAAGAGAACUGCUGAUUCCAGAAAUGGGUGACGAUGAAAUCAACUGGGGCGAUGAUUACGAGACAGAAACUCGGAAAUACGAACGACGUUGCCAGAGGGAAGCUGAGCUAGCAGUGGAACUAGGCGAUGAUGCUCUGGCAGGCGAGGUCACUGAUUCGUAUUGUCUUUUAAUCGAUGAUGAGGUUUUUCAAUCCAUCCUAAACGCGCCGGAGCCUGCGGACAGGCUGAAAUGGGAAUAUGGCGAACACUACGUCAAGAUUGUUACAAUUUAUGAAAAGUCCCUUAGAAAUAAACAUUGGCCAGGAUGGGGCAGGGUUGAUUUCAGGCUGCUCUGGUGGCUGCGUGACCACGAUGAAAUUGAAAGAUGGGCUCCGGUUCCUGAUCCUCAACGCGAGGGUGUCUACGAACUACCCGUCAUUACCGUCACCGAUAUCAUUUAUGGUCUCAUCGUUUUAUCAAGCCCUUGCAAGCUGCGAAUUAGGUACUUUAGGUCGUUUGAGGGUUCCAAGCAAGUGCUCUGA